AGAGCAGUUUCCUAAUUUCAUCUGAUUUUGGCAGCAAACUGAUCGUAACUUGGAUUCUGUCUGUGAUUAAGUAGGUAGUCAUUCAUAAAUCUGGAGCUUCGAAAAUCUCUCUGGUUUAGCAAAAAUCACGGCGGGAAUAUGAGGCGGCUACCACCGUGGAUGCUCGGUGGCGCGUCAACCGGUGAAGCAGCUGCACGCAAUGGUUCACAACCCGAAGCUCCCAAAACAAAGGCUGAAAAACGACCAAAAAGAGUCCAAAAAACCAAAGAGAAAGACUUAAAUCUCAAGUCAGAUGAACCUAAACGAGUUCCCAGGAAGAUUAGGGAAGAAGCUAAGCGUAGCCCGGAGGUGAUUCAAUCAGUGACUGUUCCUGAAGAUGAUGAUCUCACAGUUGAUGACUUAUUAAGCUUUGCUAAUGAGUAUGUCCAACGUGAUGAGGAAGGAACAAGAAAGGAGCGUGAAAGAAGCUUGUCAGUGUCUGAAACUACGCUAGUUCUCGAUGAAACCAAUAUGACUACAUCAUCUCAAGGAGGAACCAAAGAUUCAACAGCAGAAGACAUGUUACAAUUGCUAAUGGGUCCUUUUUACAAGAAACGUUAGAAUUGAAGCACAACUGAGUUUUCAAGUGCUUCAACAUUUCUUUUUUACUUUUGUUACUGUUUUGAAUUCUGUUCCAGAGAUCCAACAUCUUUAUAAAGCUUUGUGUUUUUUUCUCCAGGACCAAAAAUAUUAUAGAAUGUAGGAGCUACUGAGUUCAUAAGCCCAUAGAAAGAGCAAACGAAAGCAUUGUGCUCGUGAAAAUUAGAUUUCCUUGAUUUUGGCAGCUAAAAGGACCGAAAGCACCACUUUUUCAAGCGCAUCAGUGACGUGCUGCCUUAACUAACUCAAUCACAAACCUAAAGAUAAAAACUUCAAAGAGCUUAAGAAUCAAAGACACUGACUAACUUGAAUAUUCCCACAGUUACGAUGGCUAUUAUUGGUUAAGAGUGGGGAUGGGUGUAUAUAUAGUGACGGCCACAUGUAGAAAACCCUAGUUGAUCACGGACUAAUGGGCUGAGUUUGUUAUUUCCUUUAUUGGGCUUGUAAGAAUAAAUCACUUGGUCUUAGUAGUUUGUAAGUUAGUGGUUACCUCCACUAAAUGAAUAUCUUUGUAAUU